CCAAGGUUUGAUAGGAUGUGGCCCUUCUUUCAACUGACUGAUCCCACUCCACGCACCAUGAGGUGGUCCCACCUGCUCCUCGGCCUCCUCUUGGCCUUCUACGUGAAAGCCGAGGCCUCCACCGAUGAGAGUCCUGCGGAAUCAUCUUCCUCCAGCGAGGAGAAGACAGGGGACAUCCUGGAAGAGGAGAACGUGCUGGUCCUCAACACCAAGAACUUCGAUGAGGCCCUCAAAACCUAUAAGUACCUGCUGGUGGAAUUCUAUGCCCCGUGGUGCGGCCAUUGCCAGGAACUUGCCCCAAAAUACAGUAAAGCGGCAGAAGAACUGAAGGAAAAGACGUCGGAGGCUCGACUGGCCAAGGUGGAUGCCACCGAGGAAAAAGAUCUCGCCGAUGAGUUCGGUGUCAGUGGAUAUCCCAGCAUAAAGUUCUUCCUAAAUGGAAACAGAACUGGACACAUUGAUUAUGGAGGCAGGAGAGACACGGAGGGCAUCGUCCGGUGGAUGCUGAGGAGGGGGGAGCCCGCCGCCCUGGUGGUGGAGACUGUAUCAGCCGCUGAGGAGUUUAUCAAAUCUCAUGAAACUCCAGUGAUUGGUUUCUUCAAGGAUCCUGAAGAUGCCGACCUAAACCUAUUCAACGAGGCUGCAUCACUCACUGAAGACUUCAACUUUGCCAUUGCUCAUAAAGAAGCCAUAUUUGAAAAAUUCGGAGUCACCACAGACAGAGUCAUCUUUUUCAAGAGUUCUGAAGAAAAAUACGAAUACACAGGGGAUGAGGAGCUGGGCUUUGACAAAGAUGAUCUAGUUAAGUUCCUUAUGACCAACAGUAUGGAUCUAGUCACUGAAUACAACGAACAGACAUCAGAAAAGAUCUUUGCAGCCAAGAUCCCCAACCACUUACUGCUGUUUAUUAACAAGACCGUGGAAGACCAACUUCAACUUCUGGAGAAUUUCCGUCAGGCAGCACCUGAUUUUAAAGGAAAGAUCUUAUUUGUGGUGAUUAAUUCUGACGGGCCUCACGCUGGGGUCCUGGAGUACUUUGGACUCACUAACGCAGAUAUUCCCGCCAUCCGAUUUAUCAACAUAGACCAAGUGAAGAAGUAUUCCUUCAACGCAGACAAAAUCACGGCAGAGACCGUCAAAGAAUUUUGCCAGGGGGUUCUUGACGGUAAAAUAAAGCAAAAUCUUAAAAGCGAAGAAAUUCCCGAGGACUGGGAUAAGAAGCCUGUUAAAGUGCUCGUGGGCAAGAAUUUCGAGGAAGUUGCGUACGAUGAGACCAAGAAUGUAUUUGUGGAAUUCUACGCUCCAUGGUGUACUCACUGUAAGGAGCUGGAACCCAUCUGGGAGGAGCUUGGAGAAAAAUACAAGGACCAUGAAAAUGUUAUAAUCGCUAAAAUGGACGCCACCGCAAAUGAAAUAGAUGGGAUGAGAGUCAGAGGUUUCCCGAACCUGAGGUUCUUCCCUGCAGGACCAGACAGAAAGAUGAUCGAGUACACCAAGAAUAGGACGGUGAAGCUUUUUUCUGAAUUUAUUGAUAGCGGCGGAGUGCUGCCUCAGGAUGAGGAGGAAACGAUAAUAGAAGAUUUAAAAACAGCACAAGAAAAAGAUAUUAAAGUGGAAGAUGACACUCCCGAGAAGUCGAAGGAUGAAUUGUAGUCGCGUGAUCAAGUAACUUAGGCGAUAUUAAUGGACAUUAUGCUGAAAUGUUUACCAAUUUCUACAAGUCUGAAACAAUAAAGAGUUUUUACAGUAA